GCGCGUCAGAGCGGAGGAAUGAAGCGGACAGAAGCAACAGCUGCAGUGACUGCAGCAGAAACGCGCACAGUGACACCUCCGCUCCUAAUUUCAGGUCGAAAACAGCUUAAAUUGUGAUUUCUUUUUUCUUUCUUUUUUUUUCUUUCUUCUUCUUUUUUUGUUUAAUUAUCUCUCUUCCUAUUCUCUUCCUUCGAAGAAAUAAGAGUUGAAGUUCCGGCUGGAGAUACAGAUGGAGAAGAAAUACACAGUCUAGGAGAAGCCCGGAUAAUUAUUUGUAGCUCACCUCAGUCAGACUCCAGUGUUCAUUAUGUUUCACCAGCUGACGGAUCCAACAGUGAAUGGCAGCUGCCAGGGACCCACUUCAGCGUGCAAUAAGAGCGCUGAUGGAGACGCGCUCCAGCUGCCCACGUUCUCCACCGCAGCCAAAGUCAGAGUCAUCAUCACCUUUACUCUGUGCGCAGUGUCAGCUAUGUGCAACUUGGCUGUGCUGUGGGCUGCAAGCAACGGCGGCAAACGCAAAUCACACGUCAGGAUCCUCAUAAUGAAUCUGACGGUGGCGGACCUGCUGGUGACUUUCAUCGUGAUGCCUGUUGACGCGGUGUGGAACAUCACGGUGCAGUGGCAGGCGGGAGAUGUCGCCUGUAGGCUGCUGAUGUUCCUGAAACUGGUGGCCAUGUACUCAUGCGCUUUUGUAACUGUGGUCAUUAGCUUGGAUAGGCAGUCUGCCAUCCUCAAUCCUCUGGGCAUCAGUGAAGCCAAAAGGAAAAGCAAAAUCAUGUUGACUGUUGCCUGGACGAUGAGUGUGAUCCUCUCCCUCCCACAGAUGUUUAUAUUUCACAAUGUGACCAUUACAGUCCCAGAGAACUUUACCCAGUGCACCACCCACGGUAGUUUCGUCCAGCACUGGCAGGAGACCCUCUACAACAUGUUCACCUUUGUGUGCCUCUUUCUCCUGCCUUUGGUCAUCAUGAUCUUCUGUUACACACGAAUCCUUAUUGAGAUAUCCAGCCGCAUGGCCCGGAACAACCUGCUGUCUAGAGAUGUUCACCUCCGCCGCUCCCAUAACAACAUCCCUAAAGCUCGGAUGAGGACUCUUAAAAUGAGCAUUGUCAUCGUGACAUCAUUUAUAAUCUGCUGGACGCCAUACUACCUGCUCGGUCUGUGGUAUUGGUUGUUUCCAGAAAAAAUGGAGGAGACGGUGUCUCAUUCACUCACUCAUAUGCUGUUUAUCUUUGGCCUCUUCAAUGCUUGUCUGGACCCCAUCACUUAUGGUCUGUUUACCAUUCAUCUUCACCAGGGUCUUAAGAGAUGCUGUCGAAAUGCAAACACACGGACCGAGUUAGAGAAAAACACUAGCCUUGUACACAUGACUCGUCUGUCGUCUAAGAGGCAGACUGCCUCAGGUGGCCAUAAUACGGACAUAGAGGAGGGUAAUGACAAUAACAGCACGAAAAGUGUGUCAAGACCAAUCAUCCCAGUGAGCAAGAUGUAAUGCUUUAAAGAAUUUCAAUACAAAGAAUAUCUGUUCUAAAUCAGUGUUGAGUUUAGUCUAUAUCUACAGAUGAUAGUUUAAUGAAAUGCUGAAGCUACUGCUCGUUUGUCAGAUCGAUCUCUUCUCAAUCUUCUUCUCCAUCUUCUGUUUAGUCACACAUAAUACCACAGAUUUUGACAUAACAAUAAAGUUCUGCAUGUCACUGCUUUUAUGCAGCAUUUUACCAACUCACACACUGCUGAUCAGAUUUUCACAAAGCUUAAAGACUCAUGUGGGAGAAAAAAGCAUCACUAACUGGCUUUAAAAAAAACUCCUAUGUUUGACAGGUUGGAUAGCAAUCACUCCCCUUUUGUAUUAUCUCCUGUGUCAAGGAAACCACAGACACAAAACGUAUGUAUGUGAUCACAGUUAACCAAUUAUAUAUAUAAACUGUCUGUAAUUAAAAAUAAUUGCUGCACUGCUAAAAAUGGAGGUUUCAAAGAGAUUAUUUUUCAU